AUUUUGGUUUAUAAAAGGAAUAUGUAAGAUUUAGUAUCUUUCCCUUAACCGCACUAUCUCCUUUAGUUUCUUAUACGGUUAUAUAAAUGGAAGGAUGUCAAAGUAAUGUCUAAAGAGAAAGAGUAUUGAAGGUAAUUUCAUUAAACUUCAGAAGAUGUGUGUGGGCGUUGUUUACCCUGUUAAUUAUACUCCAUCUCUUCUUCGUUAGACUACUGCAGGCUCAGUUUCCAUUUUUUGCUGCUACAUACCAUGAAUUCUGUACAACUUACGUUUGACAUGUAAAAUUUGCAGGAGCUAAGUUUUUCUGCCGUGAACAUAGAUCAGAUCCAUGGUAGUGGUACUCAGCUUAUAACUCUCUAUGAUCUCGUCCACCACUUGCACAAAGAAUGGCUGAAUCUGAUAUAUUAUGAAGCAAGUCAAACGCUGAUCUUCCAUGUCAGCUUUCCAUUUGCGCUUAAAAUUCCUUGCUUCAAGUAUUCAACUAGCAAAAGUUGCAUUUGUGUAUUCAUAUUUGACACACGUAUUGCAAAUUGAAGCACAACACUUUGAGUCGACGAUUCAAAUCCUCUCAUACACCACCCUACACCACAUCACAGAUACAUACGUACUAAAUGAAUUAUGAAAACAUUUCACAUAAUAGAAGAAUUGAUUUCAAACAAAGAAGGAAGCAAAAGAAGUUUCUUGAGAGGUAUGCACGAUGUGUCUCAGGAUACUUGUGCACACUUUAUCAUGUUGCGUUGGCCUAAGCAAUCACAGAAGUUUCGAGCUAGAAUCACAUUUUUUAUAACUAACCCUUUUCAUUUCAUGUUCAGUUAGUUCAUCCAUUUUUUUUUCUCAUCUUAUCUUUCCAUACCAUAAAGUGCAAUACGUGGUGUACUUUCAACCACGGCACACGUUUAACCAUGCAAACUAUAUCACAUGCAAUUCGUGAACUCUAAAUGGGACGUGGUUCUGAGGUGUACCUAAAAAGGGAAAGAAGCCUAGUUAAUUUGUACUUUCUAGUGGUGUAACGAUGCAUGAAUGCAAGAAAAUUAGCAAACAUCUCGUGACAAAUCCCAUGCUUUUAGAGAUCACGUUACACUUAGGGCUUUUACAGGUGGAAUGAUCAAUAGCCAAGUAGUAAGCUCAUGAUCUGGAAAACGCCAUUUUAAGAUUUUUAUUAAAAGCUUUCAUUAUUAAAACACACUUAUCCUACAACUACUUUUUCCUUUUUGAUAUGUUCUACAACCACUUUAUUUGUAUGUGUCAAAAUUAUCUUAUAACAGAUGCAUGUUUGGUCUAUGAACAUAGUAUCUCUAUAUUUUUUUUUUAUACUAAUUGGGUGGAAGGUAGUAGUAUUUACACGUACGUUCCCAUCAUCAACUAGUAAACUCAGCCAGUGAAAAAUGCUAUUUGCUGUUUGCUAUUGGGUAGCUUAGCUUUUGUAAUUUUGAUUAGAAAGGUUAAGACCCUUUGCUCUUUGAGUUUCAACCUUGAACAUGACCACAAAAGGGUCAAGCUCUUCUGCCGCUUCUUCAGCUUCGGGGGAUGCUAAAAUCAAAAGGGUUCUCACCCAUGGUGGUAAAUACGCACAUUACAAUGUGUAUGGAAACUUGUUCGAGGUGUCUUCCAAGUAUGUGCCUCCUAUUCGCCCUAUUGGUAGAGGCGUUAAUGGCAUAGUCUGUGCUGCUUUUAAUUCCGAAACACACGAACAAGUUGCAAUCAAGAAGAUCGGUAACGCAUUUGACAAUAUAAUUGAUGCUAAGAGAACAUUGAGAGAAAUCAAGCUCCUUCGUCACAUGGACCAUGGAAAUAUUAUUGCCAUCAAGGAUAUCAUACGACCCCCCAAAAAGGAAACCUUCAAUGAUGUGUACAUUGUUUAUGAAUUGAUGGACACUGAUCUUCACCAUAUAAUUCAUUCUGACCAACCUCUUAGCGAAGAACAUUGUCAGUACUUCUUAUACCAGCUGUUACGGGGGUUGAAAUAUGUGCACUCGGCUAAUGUUUUACACCGUGACCUUAAGCCCAGUAACUUACUAAUGAAUGCAAACUGCGACCUUAAAAUUGGGGACUUUGGUUUGGCAAGGACUACAUCUGAAACGGAUUUCAUGACAGAGUAUGUUGUCACACGAUGGUACCGUGCCCCAGAAUUGCUCCUUAAUUGUUCUGAGUAUACCUCUGCAAUUGAUGUUUGGUCUGUUGGGUGCAUACUUGGUGAAAUUAUGACCAGAGAACCCUUGUUUCCUGGCAAAGACUAUGUUCACCAGCUCAGGCUUAUAACGGAGUUAUUAGGUUCACCUGAUGAUGCAAGCCUUGAAUUUCUCCGAAGUGAUAAUGCCAGAAGAUAUAUUAGACAGCUUCCACAGUACCGGAAGCAAAAAUUCUCGGCCAGAUUCCCUAACAUGUUGCCUGAGGCAUUGGACCUGUUAGAAAAGAUGCUGAUCUUUGAUCCAAACAAACGCAUUACUGUUGAUGAGGCACUAUGUCACCCAUAUCUUUCAUCACUCCACAACAUCAAUGAUGAGCCAGUCUGUCCCAGGCCAUUCAGUUUUGAUUUUGAUCAGCCAACGUGUGCUGAAGAGCACGUGAAGGAGCUCAUUUGGAAGGAAUCAGUGAAGUUCAAUCCAGAUCCACCAUGCCAGUAAUUCUUUCUUAUUUGUAUAAAUGUAACGAGAUAAACCUCUUUCCCCUUAAAUAUAUUGCCUGUGCAUCCGCCAGAUGAUUUGCUAGAGACAAAUUGAAGUUCUCUUCCUUGUAAUCUUGUUCUAGACCAACAAGGAUAUGGAAACAAAUUUCUCCUGGAAAAUGGGUAAACGUUAGAAAUCCAGUUGGACAGGCCUUUAUAAGAGUAAUAAAAAAGCUGUGUUGUAUUGUGCUCGCUCAAGUUUGCUUUGGGAGGAAUAGGGUGUCACAGAGCCUCUCUCUUAUUUCAUGACAAUUAUCUUUUAAUGUCACUUUCCAGCUUUAGUGUUUA